UCCACAACCUCAGCCUCAGGACCAACACGAAGAAGCGUCACCAUCACUAACGACACCGGUCGUGUGCCAUGGUCUGAAUUAUCCUGGCGCGAAAGAGGUGCCCGCACAACACAACAAUCCGCCAACCUUGCCGUCAUUCUAUUAGGUCUUGCCAUGACUGGUGGCGUUGCGACUGUUCUCUACCUCGAAGUUUUCAGCAGCGACAGCAAGACUGCCGUUUACAAUCGCGCCUUUGAACGAGUACGAACCGAUCCCAAGUGCAUCGAGGUGCUGGCAGGAAGGGGCAAGGGAGGAGAGAUCGAGGCUUGGGGAGAGAAUAGAGUGCGCAACAGUCGCUUUGCAAGAGACACCAUUGCGUCCAAAUCUGAAACUGAUGGUAUCGGAACGACACACAUGAGAAUGCACUUCCACGUCGGUGGUAGCCUAGCUACAGGCACUGUCAACGUGCACAUGACGAAACGCCGCGAUGAAAGCGAUUUCAAGUAUCAUCACCUAGCUCUCGACGUUCCCGGCCACGAGCGGAUUUGGCUUGAGAAUGCAGAAGCUUGGAAACUUGACAAGAGGAGCUCGGGCAAGAUGUUCGGCGUACGCUGG